CAUAUCACAACUCAUCCCAAUCGCCAACUUCGGUCACAGCAUCACACCCGCCACUCAGAACUAGCACACAAGCAUGGCACCAAUCGCUAACGCCCGCCAUAUCUUCCAGGAGAUUCCACAAGGUGCACCCGUACCAGGAAAGAACUUGGUUCACGAUACAUCAGAGACGAUUGACUUGGACAACGUACCACUCAAAGGCGGCAUCUUGACUAAGGCUUUGGUCCUCUCUAUUGACCCAUACCAAAGAAGUCGGCUCCGGGAAGAACAUGUCAAGGGCUACGUCCCUGCAUUCAAACUUGGACAGCCAAUAUGGAACAUCGGUAUCGUGAAAGUCAUUCGCUCAGAACACCCUGACUACAAAGCCGGCGACUACCUUUAUAACUGGGGCGUUCCUUUCGCCGAAUACACUGUUUUUACGGAGAUCCCAGCGGGGACGACAAAGCUCGAGUCAAACGAAGGGAUUCCGUGGUCUGCGUGGCUCGGUGUCCUGGGUAUGCCGGGUCAGACGGCGUACAUGGGAUGGAAAGAAUACGCACGGGCCAAGAAGGGUGAUACGGUAUUUGUCACGGCGGCUUCUGGACCUGUGGGUAGCGUAGUUGUUCAGCUCGCAAAGCUGGAUGGCUGUAAGGUCAUCGCUUCAGCUGGCAGCGACGCCAAAUGUGAAGACGUGCGCGCAUCGGGUGCCGAUGUCGUUUUCAACUAUAAGACCGAGAGUACGAAGGAAAUUCUUCAGCGUGAAGGACCGCUCGAUGUAUACUGGGACAACGUUGGAGGCGAGUCGUUGGACGAGGCUUUCCUUGCGAUGAGGGAGCAUGGCCGCAUCAUCCAAUGUGGGACUAUCUCGACCUACAACGACCCCAACGGUAGCGGUCCCGGUGCUUACGGUCUUAAGAACUACUCCGCAUUCUUCCAGAAGGAGCUUCAAAUGUUCGGUUUCCUCGUACUCUCGCUUUACCCCAAAUACGCCGAAAGCUUCUUCGCCGACAUGGUGCCGCUUGUCAAAGAGGGAAAGAUAAAGCACAGGGAGGAUGUGACGAAGGGGUUGGAGCAUUCAUGUCAGGCGUUGGUGGAUGUGUUGAGUGGGAAGAACCAUGGGAAGAAAGUUAUUCUUGUGGCGGAGGAUUGAGCUGUUGUCCUCUGUUGAAUUGUAGCAGUAGCUUAUAAUAAAUGGAUCAGGGCAUGUCGCCAAAUAUCUUACAGAUUGC